UAUCAUUUGAAUUUGCACUCAGUCGACGCUGGGGAGCGUGUUUUUGCAUUUUGAUUUUAAUAAAAACAAAUAACCUUUAAAAAAUUAUGGAAUUACCCGAUUUAUACAGAAAAGUGGCAUUCAUUUCCAAAAAAGACACAAAAAGAGCCUUAGAUCAGUUCACCAUUGAAAACAGGUGGAAAGAAAAUGCAUCUAUUAUUGACAUUGGCAGUGGAGAUGGGAGCACGACUAAAACUAUAUUGGAAAAGUACGCUUCACCCAGUUAUACCAAGAUAGUGGGUUGUGACAUAAGUUCGAAGAUGGUUAAAUACGCAAAUGCACAUUUCGGGAGCGAACGAAUCAAGUUUAUACAGUGUGAUAUUGUCCAACUAUUGCCACAGUUUCUGAAGGGCGAAUUUGAUCACGCAUUUUCUUUUUAUGUGCUUCAAAGGAUCCAACAGCAGAAGGCCGCUUUCUCAUUCAUCUAUGAUUGCUUAAAAGACGGAGGUAGCUGCCUUCUUGUCUUCCUAGGAAGAUAUCCAGUUUACGAUGUAUAUCGCACACUCGCUCGCAAGGCGAAGUGGGCUGAGGACCUUAAAGAUGUUGAAACCUUCAUAUCUCCUUAUCACGAUUCCCAGAACCCCAUGAAUGUAGUAAGGAAUAUAAUGGAUUCAAUUGGCUUCAAAGGAAUAGAAGUUAACGUGUUUGAUGAAACACAUACAUAUGACGAUGCUAAUACUUUUAAAUGCUUGGUCAAGGCUAUCAACCCCUUUAAUGCUCUCAAUGAAAGAUGGGACGAGUUUAUGCAAGACUACUUCGAGGUGGCUUCAAAUAACGCUGUAAAAAUAGACUAUCAAGUUAUUGUAGCCUAUGGGUCAAAAUAAAGUGCCUAAACUUUAAAUACAGAAUAAGUUUUAAGUACUUUGCUCCAUAGACUACUUAAAUUUAUGGUUUGAUGUAACGAGGCUUCAUAAGAUUGCUUGAAGUGAUGAAGCGGGAUGGCCGUGCCGGACAUAAAUCAAUAAAUAUUAUAGGACAUUCUUCCACAGUUUGACCGUCCUGAAGUCGUCGAGAUCGUCCUCAAGUAGAGAUGUGUAGGGGUUAAAAAAAAUAUUGAAUAGGUAUUACCUUGUUUAAUUGUUUAUUCAUUUAUUUUAUUUUUAUUUUAUUGUAUUGUAUUAUAUUUGGAUAUUUAAGUUAGGGUAGCUGCUGAUGCUGUAAUUACAGGUAGAGUGUGAUACUGUGCAAAAAUUUAGUGCUACAUUAUUAAAGCUGUUGGGGAUUCUUAAUGUAGGGCAAUGAGGUUUUAAAGUUGGGCAUUGCCCCACAAUGCCCACCUCUAGCUACAUAUACGGCCCUGCGAGGUACGUGGACAAAGAAGCAACGAGAAAAAUUGUAAAAAUGUAGUUUUUGUGUAAUUAAAUCUUUGUACAACGUAUUUAGCAUUGAAAGCUGUGGCACGGCAUUUUAAAACUACAAAAGAUUUGCCUAGAACUAUUCGCCACAGCGCCACAAUCAUGCAAGCAACAAAAAAGCAAAUCUUUACAAGCCAAUGAUGAUACAAACCUAUGUUAUAACAAAAUUAAUAUUAAAUACUUACUUUUUACCCAUU